AUGCGAUUUGUCACUAGGAACUGUCUCAAAACUGUUCUUAUUGGACAUCUAGAGGCUAUUGCAAAUUUGUCUCUAUCUUCGAGUCAACGGGAACUUCCGGCUGAGGUUAUGCCUUGUUCAUGGCUUACACGCGACAUUCUUUACAAGUUGCUCAAGGAAGCCCCAAGGAUUUCCAGUUUAUCAGGAUGGCAUAAGGAACAAAUCAAGCUUUCAGCCGUUAGUGCUUGCCGAGGCGGAUGUAAAUGCCGUGCUGCAUACAAUACAAGCUUGCCAGAUGGAGCUUAUAUAUUUUGUCAAUGCCGUGCAAGAAUGCAACUGGGUUGUCAUCGACAAUCUCAUGAAUACAAAUAA